AUGGCCUUAUUUCUGGCACUAGUUCUGCUGCCCCAGGUGCUCAGCAAGCAUCCCAUUGUUCCUUGUUCCACUGGAGAACCUUUUUCUAUUCUUCACAAAUAUUAUCAAUCAGGGGACCUCAUCAUUGCAGGCAUUAUGUCUCAGAUUUUUAUAUCUUCAAAUGCCAUAACCUUUAAAAACCGUCCAUUGCUGGAUCUUUCUGAUGAUCAUAUCUACUACUUUGCAAGCUGGACCUAUCUUGCCUCAUUGGAACUUCUCUCCAGACGAGGCAGAUUCAUCCCGAACUACAAGUGUGAUGUUGAGAAUAUUCCAGUAGCAGUCAUUGGGGGCCCUAACUAUGAAUUCUGUUUCCACAUGGCCGCUGUCCUGUCAUUGUACAAGAUGCCACAGCUCACCUAUGGCUCUUCUCCUAUGAGGAAUAACAAUAUCCCAAAUGUUUUCUUCAGCUGGAUGUUCCCAGAUGGAAAUCAUCAAUAUGAUGGGAUUCUGCAUUUACUGCUGCAUUUCAGAUGGACGUGGAUAGGGGUUUUGUCUCAGGAGGAUGAGAAUUCAGAGAGAUUUGUAGAGAAUGUACUUCCCACAUUUGCUAAGAAUGGAAUUUGCUUUGAUUUUAUAGAAAAAUUUCCAAAACUAACAUCUUCCAAUGACUACGAUGCAAUGCUGGAGGAAGGUUUUGAAAUCAGCAUCAGUGUAUUGACCAGCUCUGCCAACAUUGUGAUUUUGCAUGGUGAAGUGCAUACCAUGAUAACAAUGAGAACGCUACCCAAGAUCGCUGAAAUGGAGGAUAUACCAUUGUCAAUGAAGGCCAAAGUCUGGAUUAUGACAGCCCAGGUGGAUUUCACCUCAUUUUCCUUUCAAAAGAAUUGGGACAUAAAUUUCAUCCAUGGUGCUGUAUCUUUUGCAGUUCACUCAAAGGAUCUUUUAGGAUUCCAGGAAUUCCUUCUGAUGAGGAAUCCAAUCUUGGAAAAAGAAGAUGGAUUUAUCAAGGUUUUCUGGGAAGAGGCGUUCAACUGUUCUUUACCCCAUCCUUCCUUAGACAAGGAAGCUGGGGGAUUCUGCACUGGGGAGGAAAAGCUGGAGACUCUUCCCGGGUCGGUUUUUGAAAUGAGCAUGAGUGGCCAUAGUUACAGUGUCUACAAUGCUGCCUAUGCCGUGGCACAUGCUUUGCAUGCCAUGCAUUCCUCCAAACUCAAACACAGAGGAAUGGUGGAUGGCAUAAAAUGGGACCUUUUGAAUCAACAGCCAUGGCAGAUCCAGUCAUUUCUGAGAAGUGUCUCAUUCAACAAUAGUGCUGGAGAAGAUGUUUCCUUUGACCAAAAUGGGGAAUUAGUAGCUGGAUUUGAUAUUAUCAACUGGGUCACGUUCCCAAAUCAAUCUUUUCAUAGAGUUAAAGUUGGAAUGGUGAACCCACAGGCUCCCCACAAGAAGAGAUUCACCAUUCAUGAUGAUGACAUUAUUUGGCCUAGCAGGUUCAACCAGGCACAACCCCUCUCUCUAUGUAAUGAGAAAUGCCAUUUAGGUUACAGUAAGAGGAAGGAGGAAGAGAAGCCAUUCUGCUGUUAUAAAUGUGAACCAUGUCCAGAAGGAAAGAUUUCAAACCAGAAGGACAUGGAUUACUGUGUCGAAUGCCCUGGAGAUCAGUAUCCAAAUAAUAACAAGGACGGGUGUGACGUGAAAAAAAUAAGCUACUUGUCUUAUGGAGAACCUUUGGGGAUCAUUUUAGCCACUUCUGCUCUCUCCUUGUCCUUCAUCACAACUCUGGUGCUGGGAAUCUUCAUGAAGCACAAGGAGACUCCCAUAGUCAAAGCCAACAACCGGAACCUCAGCUACACUCUCCUCACCUCCCUCCUGCUCUCCUUCCUUUGUGUCUUCUUAUUCAUGGGACAACCGGAAAAGCUGCCAUGCCUCCUUCGACAAACUGCUUUCGGCAUGAUCUUCUCAGUGGCCAUUUCUUGCAUAUUGGCCAAAACCACCAUUGUGGUUCUCGCUUUCAUGGCCACCAAACCUGGCUCCAAGAUGAGGAGAUGUGUGGGGAAACAACUGGCUAGCUACAUUGUUCUUUUAUGCUCUCUCAUUCAAGUCAUGAUUUGUUGCAUGUGGCUGUCAAUCUCUCCCCCGUUUCCUCACUUUGACAUGCACUCAAUGACAAAAGAAAUUGUACUGGAAUGUAAUGAAGGUUCAACGCUCAUGUUUUACUCUGUCCUGGGCUUUAUGGGUUUCCUGGCCAUUCUCAGCUUCAGUGUCGCUUUCCUGGCCAGGAAAUUACCAGACAGUUUUAAUGAAGCCAAAUUCAUUUCUUUCAGCAUGUUGGUCUUCUGCAGUGUGUGGCUGUCCUUUGUUCCAACCUACUUGAGUACCAAGGGGAAAUAUAUGGUGGCUGUGGAGAUCUUCUCCAUCUUAGCUUCCAGUGCUGGAUUACUUGGCUGUAUUUUCUUCCCAAAAUGUUAUGUCAUUUUGCUGAAGCCUGAGUUAAACAGCAGAGGACAGCUAAAAAACAGAAACAAUUAA